UGGCGGGAGAGUUGUUUUUCGGGUUCUUGUCCUGUGAAACACCCUUCCCUGGGAAGCUGCGUUUUUCUGGUCUCCUCCCGUUUGAACAUGGUGCGAACUAAAGCAGACAGCGUUCCAGGCACCUACAGAAAAGUGGUGGCUUCUCGAGCCCCAAGAAAGGUCCUUGGUUCCUCCACCUCUGCCACUAAUUCUACAUCACUUACAUCAAGGAAAGCUGAAAACAAGUAUGCAGGAGGAAAUCCAGUUUGUGUACGUCCAACUCCCAAGUGGCAAAAAGGAAUUGGAGAAUUCUUCAGGCUGUCCCCUAAAGAUUCUGAAAAGGAGAAUCAGAUUCCUGAAGAGGCAGGAACCAGUGGCUUAGGAAAAGCAAAGAGAAAAGUAUGUCCUUUGCAACCUGACCACACAGAUGAUGAAAAAGAAUAGAACUUAUUCAUCUUUGAAUAAUGUCUCCUGUUUACUCUGGUAUUCUAGGGUGUAAAUUUACAUAGUUAAUGUUUGUUCAAUAAGCUUUGUUCAAUAGGCAUUUAAUUUAAAAAAUGAGGCUAAAGUUUAUUCAAAAACAAGUUAUGAAAUUGGAGAAUUUGUAAAAUUACGGUUACUUAGGUUAAUAUUCAAUUCAAUGUACUAUGUUGGUUCUUUUACCUGUUAUAAAACUUCUUGUUCUUGCUAACAUUAAAUCACUGCCUGAUGUUCCAAUUA